AGUAGUAACAAAGUGUUCUUACGCAAACAAUUUUAUAAUUGUUCGGAUUUUUCUUUAAGUGUAGUAGAAGCUGGGAAAGUUAAAACAUAAACAUUUGGUCAAAAGCAACGUUGCCUUCGAGACCGCAGCUUCCUUGUGUGACCGGAAAAAGCAUCAUUUCCGCUUUCAGAAGCGCCAAAAGGAAAACAAAACGUUGGUCCAGGUCGCACUGACUGAAAAUAUGCAGAUUAUGACAUGGUUGAAGAAUCGCAACAUAAUUAGAGUUUGUACCAAGUCUUCAGUCAAAAUGGAAUUGGUCAAGUGUUGCAUGUGAGUGAAAAUUAGCACUUGAAGAUGAGCAAGUGGGGUGACCGUCUGAAGAAGGUUGAGCAGCUUGCUCAGUCUUUCCAGCUGCAUCCUCUGACAACACCCUACAAACCCCGACUGUGGCCAUGCCAGCCAUCCUCCAUCUGGAAACUAUUCCCUCGUCAAAGUUUGGCUAUUGGCUUCGCUCAGAGCUGCAAAGAAGUUGUACAUGUUUUUGCACUUGAAAAAGAAAAGGCUCCUCAGGGUCAGCGGAUCUACCUGGUAACAAGUUACAGUGAGCUAUGGCAUUACUACAGGACUUACACUCAGUCCUUGAUGCACUGUUAUGAGGUGAUCCCACAGGGUGCUGUCUGCAAACUUUACUUUGACUUGGAGUUUCACAAACCUUCAAACAAAGGAUUGGAUGGGAAAUCUAUGGUUUCUAUGCUUAUCCAGUACGUCUGUGACAAGCUAAUGGAGGUUUAUGGGAUUGAAUGCUCCGCAAAAAAUGUCCUUAACCUCGACUCCAGCACAGAGGAGAAAUUCAGUCGACAUCUCAUCUUCAUCCUUCAAAAUGCUGCUUUUAAAGACAACAUACAUGUUGGAAGGUUCAUCCAUGCAAUUCUUCAGCCUAUCCUGAACAAGGCUAAAAGUGGAAGCCAUCUGGAUAAAGGGAGGAAUUCACUGGCAGAAAGCAAUGAAACAAGUGGGACACAUGUUGAUGCUGAGAGAAAGCCAGCAAUAGCAGACAUGAAGGCCGAGAGCCCACAGACGAAAAGGCGCAAGCAGGAAGAGAGAGACCUCAGCUUCCUUCUGGUGAAAAACAAAGAUGGCCAGGACAGUUUUUUUGUUGAUCUUGGUGUCUACACCAAGAACAGAAAUUUCCGGCUGUACAAAUCAUCAAAAGUGGGGAAAAACGCUGCGUUUACUGUGUCAGAGGACAACGAGUUUAUUGCCAAACCCAAGAAGGGAAUUUCUGCAGAGGAAAGUGUUUUUCUGGCUUCCUUAGUGUGUAGUGUGAGCUUCACAGGUCAGAAAAUUCUUACAUGGGACAUCCCGGAAACAAGUGGGCCUAAAAGUUCAGCACCUCAUUGUCCGCAGGAAUCUUCUUCACAUCCAGGGACAUUUUCUGGAUGCCAAUCAUCCCCUUACCAAGAAGUGGACAACUUUGUGUUAACCUUGGUUAGAAAGGAUGGGAUUCAAGGAAGCAUCAGGAGAUGGAACUACUUUGCCUCAGACCAACUUCUUGUCUAUGACAUUGCCAAAUACCGCUGGUGUGAGAAUGCCAGGAGGUUUCAUAAAAGCAACAACAUCAUGAUCGUUGUGGAUUUAAAAGAGGAAGUUUGGUGCCAGAAGUGUCAUGAUCCUGACUGCAGAAACUUCAGGUCCUCAAGUUACCCACUUCCACCAGAGAUCAGUGUCAGCUACAUCCUGACGUUGGAUGACGAGGAUCAGGCUUACUUAAUGGAUGAUGCUGGUAACUUUGAACCCAGCCAGGCACAAAACCAGGCCCCACAGAGCAGCACAUGUCCAGUUGAGCAGAGUCCUGGUGAGUGGGGAGAUGAACGGGACGACCAGGUUUAUUUAGAGAGUCUGAACAACUAUGAACAAAACAGCGAAGAGAUCUCGGACCAGCUUCUCUUUACGUGUGUUGCAGACUUCGAUUCCCAGUAGAAAUGAGGAAGCCAUUUCCCAAUGUCUCCUGUGUGUAGCCAUCCAUCCUUGUCGAGCGCUUCCGCUGUUUUCUCUGGGUCUUUCAAGUAUCCCUUGAAUACAUUUGGUCCUUUGACACACACCUAGAGCAACAAAGGUUUCAAACA